AGACUGGCUAACUAGCAAAACACAGCAAGAACAUUAAAGUACAAAAUUACAUAAAAGCAGACAGGUCAGACAAAGGCUUGUGUAUUCAGUUUAUUCUCAUUGAAGUAGAUACUUCAUGUAGUAGGAUUUGAUCUUUACUCUAACAGAACAAUGUCACAAGUAUUUAUUUUGUACAUCCUGCAGAUCCUUAUACAUCACUGGAACACUGUUUAUCGCACUGCUAACAGAAGGAACAGCACUGUUGCUGUACCCUGCGAUGUCAUGUAUCAUUAUUUCUGGUAUGAUCCUCCACAACACUAAUGUUCAGGUGGGGAACCUGUUUCAUUUCUAUCGCUCCACCAUCAUAACCAUCUACAACGGAGCCUUUGACUCCUCUGCUGUAGUGUUUCUUGUCAUAAAGUUGCUGCAUGAAAGAGGAGUGUCUCUUCAUUUGAUUUUUCUCAUUCUUACCUCAUGUAGCAUCAUGCCCCUUCUACGCACCUUCUUUCUAAUGCCCAGGGGACAUAUUCCAUACCCACUGCCUGAAACAUACACAUAUGGAGUAAGAUGCUGCCAAAGAGGAGAAGAGGGAAAUAAGGUGACAGAGGAAAUUAAAGAGGAAGACACGAAAAAGAAUCAAAAUGACCAGCAAGGAGAUGGGGAAAAAACAGGGGAUGAAUCCAAUCAAGAAGAAGUGGCUACUUUCUGGAGCUGUGUCAUGUCAUGGCUCUUCCUGUGGCACCUGGUGUGGGUGGUCAUUAUCCUCUUUUGUCAGUUCAUGUUCUUAUCCAAUGUCAACGCCAUGCUCUCCCGGCUGGCCAAUAACGACCAAACUAUAGUGAGUCACUACACCAAUGCAUUUGCUAUCACCCAGCUGUGCAGUGUGUUCUUUGCUCCUGUGAAUGGGCUCAUCAUGGACAGACACAAGAAAAGGCCUCUCGCUCCAGGAGAAACCAGGCAGGAGGCAGACCUGCGUUCAUCCUGCCUCUCCCUCUUCCUCACAUCCCUGCAGUGUGUCCUCUUCUGUGUGUGCUUCACCUGUCCUGUCCUCCCUCUGCAGUACUUCACCUUUGUCCUGCAGGUUGUCAACAGUUCCUUCUUUUACGGAGGCCAUCAAGCCUUCGUCAGCAUUGCAUUUCCUAUGUCUCAUUUUGGAAAGAUGUCAGGGAUUGCUAUGUCGUUAUCAGCUUUGGGGCUGAUUCUCCAGGUUCCUAUCUUGCACCUCAUCCAGCACCAGCUCCACGGCAAUCCACUUUAUGUAAACAUAGGUUUGACUUUAUUGUCUCUUCUUGCCUUUAUCCACCCGAUCCAUGUCAACCUCUACUGCAGGAAGCUGGCCAAACAAAGACCAAAGAAGACACAGGAGGUCAAUGAACAAUUGCUGUCAACUGGUUGACUUAAUCCACUGUAGCUGACUAUGAACACUUUUUUUUUUACUUUGAAUGAUCUAGACUGAGUACAUCUGCAUGAAAUGUUUUUAUUUAAUUUAUACAUAACAUAUUACUUUUAUCGUUAUCUGAAGAAUUAUUUAAGAGAGAGGAGGGUUGGGUCUCCACAUUGAAACUGAACUCCGUAGGAAUUCUUACAGCUUUUUUUUUAAUUUAGUGGCACCUGAGAGGAUUAAUAGAAUCAGAAUCAGCUUUAUUCGCCAAGUAUGCUUGAACACACAA